AUGCUUUUAUUCUACCUGGUGAUGAUAUACACGAAAAAGGAGGAGAUUGGAUACAUCUUUUCGGAGGGAAAGCAGAGGUUCUUGACGAUUAAUGGCGUGGACAUAGUGACUACAAAGCGGGGAGAAAAGCCCGCCAAGUUCCGGAUGGAGAAAAUGGAUGGUGGAAAUUCCAGCAACGUGUUAAUACGCCCAGUCCCCGAAAUGGAGACUAAAAAGGUUGCCGAUUAUGCAUUGAACUCCAGCAGAAAAUGGCAUCUCUAUCCAGAGCAUAGGUACUGGAACCAGAGAGUCAGGCUUGUACUGAUGCCUGGAAAUGUCCUGAAGAUUGCUGUCGACUCAAUCUGUAUAGCCAUCAAUGGAGAAGGCAAGGCAGUGGGAGAAACCUGCAAGAGCGAAGGGGAUGACAAGUACCAACUCUUCAGCUGGGUUCCAAAAAGUCAGAAAAGAAAGGUGAAGGAAUGGACUCGUUGGAACAUGCAUGCACCUGCAGAGAGAGACAAUGAGGAGUCUGAUGGAAACGAGGAAGUCCCUCCGGGCCAUGACCAAGACUGCACUCCGGACAGUUCUGGAUACGAUAGCGACACAAGCUCAGAAGACUACUAUAGAAGAGGCAGAAAGCCGUUCUAUGAUUCCGAUGGUAGAGGAGGGCCGGGGGGAUACGGGCCAUUUAAUACUGGGAUGGGGUUCUUUGGAAGCGGAAGAAGGAAGCGGUACAGGCGCGACGAGGACCUUAAAUACAUCGAAGACGGAGACGAUGAGACACAUAAGAAUGACAGAGACUACCACGAGGGAAGAAUGUUCAGAAGAAAGAGGAUGGGUGGACACCUUAGGGGUGGGAGGAUAAGGCGGCACAGGUACUAUGGAACCGGAGAGCGUGAUGGGAAUUUCUACCAUGGAAGAGGCCAUCCAUCCAAGGAGGCCAAUGGACCGGACCCCGCUGACUAUAUGGAUGGACUGCAAGGGAAUGGGAUUGGUGGAGACAGCCUCUCUGUGUCUUGCAACGACGGUUAUUUAUACGAGGAGAUUGGCAAUCCCCAGGCCUCUCUGUUCGGUGGGGUGGUGGGGGAAGAUUCCGGGCACUGCAACACAGGUAGUCCUGGGGAAAAUGAGAUAUGCAGGAUAAAUAAGACAGGGAUGGCCUUCAGAAAAAUGGUUGGAAUUCCUAUUUAA